CAACAAUGCAGUUGAAAUUCAUCUCAUCUGAGCUCAGUGAAGUUGUCUCGACACUUACCAGUCGACCGAAAGAAAGAAGCCCAGAAAUCGCCCUUGUUCGAAAAUCAACAAUCUUCAAGAUUAGGGUUUUUAGGGUUCGGGAAAUUUUUGCCUGUCUUCUCGAUUCCCCCUCACCAACAGCGAAUCGCGAUGCCAGAACGUGGAGAGGAUCUAUGAAAAACCGCGCGGCAUGGCCGAUUCCAUGGAAGGAGGCUCGGGAAGAUUUUUGGGUUCGGGAAGGAAGCUCGGGAAGAUUUUAGGGUUCGGGAAAGGAGGAAGGGGGUUUUGCUUCUCGUGGGUUGUUCGUGGUUCGGAAAGGCUCUCGUCGUCGUCGACGACUACCGCCGCCGAUCUGGAGAAGGGGGAGCGUCGUGCUUCGUUCGUCGGAGAAGAGGGAUUUCUCUGGAAUAUCGACUCGGGGAAAGGGAAGGGAAAAAUGGUGACGAUAGAAAGUGACUGAGGAGUAAAACUUCUCAUUUACCGUUGCGACUUUUUUUUCCACGUGGAAUUCACUUGUUCGGCGAUAAAAGCCACGUCGGUUGGUCCGUUUGUCCAGUCAGCCCGUUAACUUACACUGUCAAACAAUUGGACGGAAGUGGCUAUUUCUGGUAUUUCGCCAAAAGUGGCUAUAUUUGGCAAAACCGUCAAAGUUUUGGCUAUACAGGUGCAUUUGGCCAAUAUAGAAACAUCAUCACUAAACUUCAAUGAUAACAUUUUUAAUAUAUAAAGAUGAAGUGAGUGCAAUGACAAAAAUGACCUUACUAGAAUCACUUUCGGAUCACGAAAUUUGAAGUGAGAUAAUUUUAACCCAUAUUUACCCUUUUAUGCAUCUUGUAGAUUUACAUUUCAAUUAAUCAGACAUCUGCAGUUAGAGGACAUCAACUCGCCUAUGAUUGAAACAAGAACAAUUUUAUGAAGUUUAUAAAAAAGAUAAUCGGACAAUCAAUAAACAAUGAUCUCCGGAGCUGAGACCUUAAUAUAUAUCGUCAUCCAUAAUUAAAUUACUAUAUGGAACGACGGUACAGAAAGAAAUGACAUUCUAAAGAGUAGAUCAUGAAGACAUUUAUAUAUGGAUCAUUUAACGCUACAGUGUGAUAGACAUCUCGUAUGUUCGUCAAAUAACGCCCAACACAGGACAUUGGUAAGCCAAAAUCACAGUUGCUUCGACAAAGAUUCUACCUGUGUUUAAUGAGUACUCUCAAUAUAAUAUGAUGAUAUGA